AGUUAACUCUGCAGCGACAGAUAUGUAUCUCCCCGCAACAGCAUCUGAUUACCGUGGGAACUUGAGAUAGCACGCACCUAUACGGCCCUAUACUUCAUUCUCUCUCAACAGACUCACUCACCCCUCAACGCAACUCCCAUACAGACUUUCAGGAUGUCCCUCCCUGACGAGAUGGCGUGCCUGCUGAAGGAGGUGGAGGGGGAGGGCUAUAACCUGGUGACCCGCCCCAUACCCUCGCCAGGCCCAGGUGACGCCAUCAUCAAGGUGGACAGGGUGGGGAUCUGCGGGUCAGACAUCAACCUGUGGAAGUGGAACGAUGUGGCGCAGCUCAUCGCCUCGGUCCCCUUCAUCCCUGGGCAUGAGGCCACGGGGGUGGUGGUUCAGGUGGGCGAGGGCGUGAGCGAGGUCAAGGUGGGUCAGCGGGUAGCUGUUGAGAACCACUUCUACUGCGGACAGUGUUACCAGUGCAAGGAGGGGCGCGGGGAUAUCUGCCAGUGCAUGGACCAGUAUGGCCAUGGGCGGGGCACCAUGCACGGGGGCUGCGGUCAGUACAGCCUGGUGCCCGCCCGCUACUGCUACCCUCUCUCCAGACCUCUCACCCCAGACCAGGCAGUAGUACUGGAACCUAUGGGCGUGGCGCACAAUGCCGUGGAGAGCAUCAGCGUGGCGGGCGAGGACGUGCUUGUGUUGGGCUGUGGACCUAUUGGACUCUUUGCCAUCGGGGUCGCCAAAGCACUGGGGGCGCGUGAGGUGUACGGCGUGGACCAAGUGGGGGAAAGGCUUGCCCUUGCCAUGAAGCUGGGUGCCUCGCGCGUCAUCCAUUCCGGGAAGGAGGACAUUACCGAGGCCGUCCGUCUGCUGAGUGGUGGCAAUGGAGUGGGGCGGGUGGUGGAGGCUAGUGGGGCGUCUUCCCUCCUCAACGGCUCCUUCAAGUGGCUGCGGAAGGGGGGACAAAUAGCAGUGGUCGGCCUGCCAAAAGCACCUCUUCAUGUGGACGAUGUGAUGACAGACUUGUUGUUCAAGUCCCUCACUCUCAAAACAGUCCACGGUCGGAGAAUUUUUCACACGUGGGUGGAGUGCGAGAGACUGCUGGCAGAGGGCAAAGUGGACGUGUCUCCCAUCAUCUCCCACUUUCUCCCCAUGACCCAGUACCGCCAGGCCUUUGAUCUCCUCCAGUCUGGCAAGGCCUGCAAGAUAGUCCUUGACCCUCAGAACUGAUUGAUUAUCCAUUGGGACCUUUUGCCCAUAGUCCUCAUAAAGGGCAUGUGUAUUAUGUGAAGGUUAGUGGCCUUUAUCCUUACCGAAAUUCAAAUACUACUACUAUGCACUUACUUGUCUAUCACUUAUCAUAUACUUUAAAUAUUAAUUACUCUUAGCUGUUACAUUUAACCCUGUAGCUGCGGGGAUCAUGUAUCUUGAAGGCCCCUCGAAGCAAAUGAAUGAGAAAAAAUCAUCACCCACGCAAACCAUUUCAUAAUAUAUAUCAGCGCAUUUGGGAUCAGUUUAUGCAUCAUUUAUUUUUGGGGGUUUAUAUCAUGGCAAAAAUUUGGCCCAUCGCUGGUACAUGGUAUAGCCACAAAUUUCGCCUGUCGCUUCUACCGGGUUAAUUUAUGAUUUUACUAACCAAUUUCUUCAGCUGGAGUGAAGAGUAAAGUGAAGCAAAUCAGAAUGAAAUUGUUUUGGUGUAGCCUUAAAGUAGCUGGAGAGUUUUUAUGAGGCAAGGUAAAUGCAGUCAUCCAUGUUAAAACAUUUAUAUGCUGCUAGGAAAGCUUUAGUUUACAGAUAAGUUCUUGCUUAAUCUAAAUAAAAAAAUAAACUUCAUGUAUUUGAUAAAAAGAAAAAGGGU